CGCUUCCUGCCGGCGCUGGCAACUUCCUCCCUCUGCACAAACUUCUGCAUGAAAAGAGCCAUUUUACCCUGGCUGGCUCCGAGCACACACAGCCCUCCUGAGCCUUGGAACAGCAAAGGCAGACGGUGCCUGCUUCAGAGAAGCUGAAUGUACAGCAGAGGACCCUUGUAAAGAGGCUGGAGGGAAAUGGCCAGCAACCAGGUCAUGCUGGUUCUCUUCUGUGGGGAAAUCUGGAGCUCCCUUUCUGCAGCAGCACCUCACCACGCUGCCAGGACUGAAAGCCACACGUGCACCACUGCCACGAGCCCAGGAGCAGACAGACCCCCUCUCUACCAACUGCAAGCAACUGUGCCCAGCUGGUACCAGUCUGACAGACCCCUGGCUGCUACAGAACCCCAGGCCUUCCCAGGGGAGGAGGAAGCCGGGGACGGCAGCUGGGUAGCAGCGCUGAUAAUUGGCAGCAUUUUGAUUGGGAUGACGCUGGCAAUUAUCGUCAUUCUCCUGUGGAAAUGCUGCAUGAGGCCUCCUCUGGCCGAGUCCCACUGGGCAGGCCGGUCCCCCUUCGUGGAUGGGGACACGUCAGAUCUCUUCAUGGACUCUGAUCCCGGCACCAAGCGCUCCUCGGUCCUAUUUAUGUUGCCUUGGCGACUGAAACAAGGCACACACUUGCAGGAGGACCCGACUGUCCCAGAGAACCCACCCCACGCCACUGCCAGUGCUGAGAGCGGGCAGCCGGCUCCAGCGGCCGCGGGCUGCUCCGGAGCCGGCGCGGCCCCGGCCCCUGGCUCAGAGGCAGCCAGCCCUGCAGCUGGCUCCUGUCCUGCCCCAGACACUGCACCCGAGUGCCCCGAUCUGCCAGCGCCCCCUGACUGGCUCAGGGAACCCGCUGAGGAGGCCAGCUCAGACCCCAGCAAGCACUCGGCACUUCACCUGGAAGCAGAGGAACCACAGCCCCCACCACCUGAGCUACUGAUCCAGGAGAGCCAUGAAACACUGCCCCAGCCAGAACACCCUUUGUAGACUGCCAAAUUAAUCUCCAGAAUAUCUACAUCUUUCUUAAAUCAAGUAAUUUUCAAGAAAGUGAAAAAAGGAGAAGUUGACACAGGCAAGAAGGGUGAGGCCCCAGCAUUUCCUUGACAUUUCCCCGGUGUUUCCCAACUUUGGCUUUCACAAGAGAGAACAACCUGCUUCUGCCUGAAGCAAAUUUCUGACUACAAAACAAAUUGUGCCCAGUCAUCACCUGUAACUAGAGAUUCCAGAAGGCAGAGUACACAGCUGUGUGUGCCAGCACAGCCAGACACAGGUAACACACCUGGAGAUGUCACAGACAGCCCAGCGUCACAGGGCUCGGCUUCGCACCGGGGUUUGCUCCACUGGGCUGUGCAAGUCAAUGCAAUCAUUUCCAGGACAUUUUAAUAAAGCUUUCUCAAAGAUGUUUUGGUCACUUAAGGCCCACCUGAAUAUUUGUUUAGAUACA